CGCUUCUCUUCACACUGCUGUGUUGGCGGAGAUACGUAACGCGUCUACAGUCAACGGAGCCUCAACGCCUUUCUUUCCCUCUCUUUACGCCUUGUUUCGCGCUGAAAUUUAAACUUUCUCGUUGUUUCGAUAGAAUUUAUUUACAACUCAUCCAAAAUGCGAGAGUGCAUCUCAAUCCAUGUGGGCCAAGCUGGCAUUCAAAUAGGUAACUCAUGCUGGGAGCUCUUCUGUCUGGAGCAUGGUGUGGGACCUGACGGUGUGCUGCAAGAAGCCACAUCGCUGCCCUAUUCCCGUCAGGACCCCUUCAACACCUUCUUCAAUACAAGCAGCUCAGGCCACCAUGUACCCAGGGCCAUAUUUGUGGACCUGGAGCCCACUGUGGUGGAUGAGGUGAGGUCUGGCACCUACAGGCAGCUUUUCCACCCAGAGCAGCUCAUCUCUGGGAAGGAAGAUGCAGCUAAUAACUAUGCCCGUGGCCACUACACUGUUGGCAAGGAAAUCAUUGACGUGGUUCUGGAGCGUGUCCGCAAGCUGACUGACCAGUGUACCGGGCUCCAAGGAUUCCUGAUCUUCCACAGUUUUGGUGGCGGCACUGGUUCAGGUUUCACCUCCUUGCUGAUGGAGCGCCUGUCAGUUGACUAUGGCAAGAAGUCAAAGCUGGAGUUUGCCAUCUAUCCAGCACCUCAGGUCUCCACUGCUGUUGUGGAGCCAUACAACUCUAUCCUCACCACACACACCACACUAGAGCACUCAGACUGUGCCUUCAUGGUGGACAACGAGGCAAUCUAUGACAUCUGCCGUCGCAACCUGGACAUCGAGAGGCCAACCUACACCAACCUGAACCGGCUUAUCGGCCAGAUCGUCUCCUCCAUUACGGCAUCCCUGCGCUUUGAUGGUGCUCUCAAUGUCGACCUGACUGAGUUCCAGACCAACCUGGUGCCAUAUCCCAGAAUCCACUUCCCCCUGGUCACUUAUUCACCAAUCAUCUCGGCUGAGAAGGCCUACCAUGAGCAGCUCUCUGUUGCUGAGAUCACAAGUGCCUGCUUUGAGCCAUCCAAUCAGAUGGUGAAGUGUGACCCACGCCAUGGCAAGUACAUGGCCUGCUGUAUGCUGUACCGUGGAGACGUGGUGCCUAAAGAUGUGAAUGCUGCUAUUGCCAACAUCAAGACCAAACGUUCCAUCCAAUUUGUGGACUGGUGCCCAACUGGAUUCAAGGUUGGCAUCAACUACCAGCCACCUACAGUGGUUCCUGGAGGAGACUUGGCAAAGGUGCAGAGAGCUGUGUGCAUGCUGAGCAACACCACAGCCAUUGCUGAAGCCUGGGCACGUCUGGACCAUAAGUUUGACCUGAUGUAUGCCAAGCGUGCAUUCGUCCACUGGUAUGUGGGUGAAGGCAUGGAGGAGGGAGAGUUCUCUGAGGCCAGAGAGGAUCUUGCAGCUCUCGAGAAAGAUUAUGAAGAGGUUGGCACAGAGUCUGUUGAAGAUGAAGAGGAAGGAGAAGAGUAUUGAUCUCUAGGAGAAGGCUAGUGGUAGAAGCACUUUUACCUCCCACUGCCAGGCUGCCACAGUUUGUCCCAAAGGAAAGGGAGCUAAUGUCUGUCUUUUUCUGUGUAUCUGUCUUAUUCUGUCCUACAGUCAGUGCCGCAUUCAUUCCAUUUUUCCUUUUGUUUCCCCAGAGUUAAAGUAAUUGGUGAAUUAACAAAUGUGUUGGUUUUAUUUGGCAUUUUUCUUAACACUGUUACCUGUCUAUAUGGUUGUUUCCACCAACUGUGCAAUGGUUCUGAAUAAAUUCCCUUUAAACAUG